AUGGAGGAGACGAACAAGAACAAUGAUCAAAAUGUGAUUACUGAUUAUACGCCGGAACUUGGCAUUGAGUUUGAUUCUGAACAAGAGGCAUACAACUUUUAUAAUGAGUAUGGACGAAAUUGUGGAUUUAGUAUUCGUAAAGAUUGGUGUAAUAAAAGAAAGAUAGACGAUGUGGUGACUUCAAGACAAUUUGUAUGUUGUAAACAGGGUUUUCGAGAUGAAUGGGAUAGAGAUGGUCAAAAAACACAUGACCGAGCUGAAACAAGGACAGGUUGCCAAGCACAUAUGAAAAUUCGACUUGAUAAGAAAAAUGAAAAAUAUUAUAUACAUAGUCUUGAGCUCGGCCAUAAUCAUGCUCCUCAUGUUUCACAAUGUGCUCACAUGAUGCCAUCACAAAGGAGGAUCUCACAAGCACAAGCAUUAGAAAUCAAUUUGGUGAAUGAUAGUGGUAUAAAAUUGAAGGAUUCGUAUGAGUUUAUGGGUAGGCAAGCCGGUGGAAGAGAUGUUCUUGGUUACACCAAGCAGGAUCAUAAGAAUUACCUUCAUAGCAAAUGA